AUGUCCCUCAGCGCGAGAGUGCAGGCUCUACUUGUGCUCGCAGUCCUGGUCGCUGAGAACAUCUACGGGAAGCCUUCACAAUUCUCUUCUGCCGACGUUGUCAGUAACACCCUCCUGUCUGCUUUCCAUCCCACAGAUCCCCAGACCCUUAAGAUGAGACAGCGGGCUCUGCUUCUGCGUGUUGUCCUGGUCGCCUGUGGCUCUCUGCUCUCCGGGCCUCGGGGCGCCAGCGGGCACGAGGAGGUCCACACGAACGCCAGAUACGUCGAGAGCGUCCACGGGAAGCCCGUCAUCGUUUACAAGGCAGUGAGACAUUUUUGGAAUGAAACUCCGAUGUCGAAUAGGGCAAUCGUUAGAGCGAAAGGAACCCUCGACCUCGUCCCUGUGCCAACGUGCAUCAAGGAGCAGAACCCGUGUCCCUUCGACGCGGACGGCAAGAGGCAGGAGAUGAGGGCCUGCAAAGCCAACCAGACGGUCUUCGUGCACCUGAAGGACACAAAAAGCAAUCAAACUGUAGUACAGAAUUUCACUCACGAGGUGCACACUAAAUGCUACUGCAAAUCAAAUUCAAGCUCGCCGUGUAGUGAGGGAAACAGUGAAAAGGUUCUGAACAGUAAGGAUAACAAGGAUAACAGCAUUCAAAAUAAGAUUGAUCCUUCGCCGUAUAAGGAGGAAAAUAAGUCAAAUGAGGACAGCGAAGAACCCAAGUUUAAAGGAAAUGGCGCAGAGGUUUCCAAGGCUCCAUAUGGUCCAGAGAGAGUUUGUCCAUCAGCAUGUCACUGGCAUCCAAAUAUAAUCCCGAAGUCCCGCAGAACAAAACUCUACGGGAAUUGUACGCCCGGUUUGAUCAAGAUCGCUACGUGAGGUUGCAUGAAUAUAGCGAUGAGACGGUCGGAUGAAGCCCGAGUAAAGAGCCCAUUGAAAAGAGGAACACCUUUCCUUUCAAGAGAAGGAGGGAAGCACCCUUAGGCCACCCCAGGAAGGCGCAUGCGGGCCUGUAUACUAUCAUAUUUACUGA